AUCCCCAUCAGCCUCGUCCCCAUCCUCCAUCGACCUCUGAUGGAUAGCUAUCCGAAUAUAGGCUGAGUGCGAUGUGGAUCAGCUCAGAAUAUCGGCCUUGACUCAUGAGCUGAACCAAUCCCGCGUGUGAAAGCAGACAACCAGGCUAGCAAGGCGCAGCCAAUCGAGCCCGAUAGGCAUCUGCUCUUCAGAUUCGUUAUUUCUAUCCAUCUAUCACAACCCAUCAAAGCUAGCUUUGAAGCGCAUUUGCAGGCUCAGUUUAGAGAACACAGCAGAUACUAUUUGAAGAUACAAUGCUACCUUCUCCGGAAACAUCGGUCUCUCCAGCGGCCGCCGACAGAGCCCAGCCAAAGACCAAUCCCAAACGUUCCGGGCCAUCAGGACCUCUGCAAGGCCAGAAGAGUCUAUUUCGAGUCCCUAUGUACCGGUCGUCCGGUACUGGACCCUCAAACAGCGAAAGAUCCGCCGAGCGUGCGUACCAUGCGCGGCGGUCGCACCGCAAGUCCCGCUCCGGCUGUCUAACUUGUAAGAGAAGACGAGUCAAAUGCGAUGAGACCCAACCUCACUGCUUGCGAUGCAAGAAGCAUCGCGUUACAUGUGUAUACACCGGCCCGGAGUGCUCAACCAACGAAAGGGGCGUUGUUUCUGUAUUCAUUGAGAAAAAGCCCGAAUUGGUAUCGCCAAGCUCUAGCCAGUAUUCAAUGUAUCUCCUGGAAGUGGCAGACAAAAUAGAUGAGCUGUUGCAGCUAGGCUCAAAGAAGCGACAUUUACCCGAUGCCGUUCGCGCUCUGCAUCAUUUCCAUCACGCCACCACUCCUACCAUUGCCAAUCAGCGCACACAGAUACUCAUGAGAAACCAACUGAUGCAACUAGCCUUCAAUACACCCCUGCUCAUGCACACCAUCAUAGCGGUGGCAACCUCCCAUCUUCGGUAUGCGGUGCCUGACAACACCGCUUACAAAAUGGCCGAAGCGUACCACUGGCAGCAAGCCAUCAGCCAGUACUCCAAGGAGCUCGGCUGCGCAGUCGGUCCGCAUAACAUGGACGCUCUCUUCUCCACAUGCCUCCUCAUGACCGUCCACGCGUUCCAACUGGAGGAAUACAAUCCCCGCAAGUCCUUUGUCUUCUCCGACGAUCCACAAGCCCUGAGUUGGCUCACUUUACAGAGCGGCCUGCGCCACCUCCUGGGGCUUACCAAGCCCUGGCUGUGCAUCAGCAUGUGGUGGGAGGUCUUCAUGGCGUCUCGCCAUGAGUAUCAAGCCUUCGAUGAUCCCCCGCCGGGACGGGAGGGUCUGCACCCAGAGCUGGCUGAUAUCUGCGGUAUCGACGACACAACCACGGAAGAGAGUAAUCCGUACCUGGCGCCGCUGCGGAUGUUCACGCUGCUACUGCCGGCCGAACGGUCCAUCAAGAGUUUCUCCAAGUAUACCACGUUCAUGGGCCGGUUGUUGCCGAGUUUCUGGGCGCGACUAGCCAAGAAAGACCCGCCGGCGUUGAUCAUACUCAGCUGGUGGUUGGCGAUGCUGGACUCUUGUAAGUGCUGGUGGGCGGAGACCCGGGUGCGUUCCGAGUGCGCGGCUAUCUGCAUGUAUCUCGAGAACAGUGAGGAUCCGCGCAUCUUGCGGCUGUUGGAGUUUCCGGCGGAGGUUUGUGGGUAUCUGCUCAAGCAUGUUCAGGAACGUGCUGAGAUGGAGGUGCCAUUAAUUAUAUCAUAUGAGCCUGUCAGCUGGUAGGAUGAUAUCUAAGCCAAUGUUCAUUCAUAAGCGACUCGUCAUUAUUAUAGAUGCGUAUGUGCAAUAUUACAAGCAAUACUCCGUCCAAUUGCGCCAGCCACCCAAUCCCGCAUGCAUAGCAUGAUGUGGCUCAAUCCCAUUACCCAAGAGC